AUGCGAGGAUGGGGUGAUCGUAGGAGGUCUUACGCACAUGUGACAGAACUCUUCAAUCAAACUUUUAAGAAUGAGGACAAUGAUAUAUCUAAAUCGGCUGUUAUUCGUACUGUACAACGUUUUGAAGAAACGGGUUUUGUAAAAGACCGUAAUAGACAAGAUAGACCAGCAAUAGCGACAAAUCCUGAUAAAAGAUUGAAUGUUCUACAAUCUUUUAUCGAAGAUCCGCGUAAUUCAAUUCGCAAAGUUGCACAACAACACGACAUCGAUCCUAUGUCAAUUCAUAAAAUUCUAAACAAGGAGAAAUUUCAUCCAUAUAAGAUCCAUCUGGCGCAGGAACUAUAUAAAGCUAUCUUUGAGCUAACCGGGAAUAUAAAUCAACAUUAUUGUAGAUAUUGGAGCGAUGAAAAUCCUCAUUGGAUGUACGAGGCACAUACUCAGAAUCAGCAAAAAGUCAACGUAUGGGCUGGAAUUUUAAAUGAAGCUAUUAUUGGGCCUUUCUUUAUUGAAGGUAAUUUAAACACUGACAAUUACUUAGCCAUGCUUCAAGAUGAAAUAGUUUCGGCAAUCCGAAACAUCGCUCGUCAAAACUUCAAUGACAUUUGGUUUCAGCAAGAUGGGGCGCCACCUCACUAUGGUUUACGAGCAGUGACAGCGCGUAUCGCUAAAAUUAAAUUAAAAGUUGAACCCGUGCUGCAUUUACUAGACGCCUGCAAAUUGUUACGAACAGAAAGAGACAAAGAACGCAAUCUAAUAUCGCAGAAGGAGCAAGAGGAAGAAACUAUUUCUGAUUUACAAAAUUCCCUUCAACGAGUCGAACGUGAAUUAUAUACUCUAAAACGCAACAGUAUCGUACUCACAUCACAAAUAUUAAUCCAACAUCUGACAGAGGAAGUAACAGUACAAUCUGCAAUUGUAAAAGAGAAGCUUCCAUCUGAGCUAAACGCAAAAAAGAAUCGGAUACAAGCGUUAUCAUUAUUCAAGGAAUAUUCCUAUUUAGGCGCGGAUAAAAUUAUGACUAUGAGAAAUAAUUUAGAUGCUAUAUCAAAGGCUAUACAAGAUUUAAUAGAAUCUAAAAUAACUAAAAAUGAUAUCGAUAAAGUGGGACCGUUCAGACAACAAGCUGCUGCUGUCGGAAAUAUGAAACGGAAUGCUCUUGAACGUUUAGAAAAAAUAGAAAGUUACUUAGAGGAAUUACAAUCACGAUUAAAAGAGAAACAAGAUUAUUCAAAAACUUUAUUGGAGACGUCAAUACCUAGAGCAGAAGAAUUGAAAAAAUAUAUCAAUCGUUUAAAGACUAAGAGUACAUUAUAUAAGCGUUGCAAAGCGGAGAGAGCUGGGCUAAAAGCUGAAAGUGGUGUACUUCAACGAACAGUGACUAUUCUAGACGAACAGAUAAUUCAUUCUUAUUCAGUGAAUAUCAUACCUAAAGUAAUAAUUCCAGAAAAUUAUACAUUAGACAACGCAUUAGCGACAAAUACUCAGUUGUCUCAUUCGAUAUUGGCUCUGCGAACCAAUCUUGCCCCGGUCAUAAAAGGUAAUAUAACAAGAAAUUCAGACAAGGCUAAUGAGAGUCAAAUGCUGAUGUAG